GUCGCAGCGGAACGUUGAGGAACAUCACUCCGCUAUCAAUCAGUUACCAAUUUAGAUGAAAAAAAAGUUCAGUAGAAAUUGUUGAAAUUUUAAACGAGUAUAGAGAUAAAGCUAGAGUCUCGGUGCUUCUAUCACAAUGAAUAGGAUAAGUCUAAUGAUACGAACUUGAUUUGAACGAAGGAAAGUUACUCUCUGUUUACGGUACUAGUUGUUUUUUUGUUUAGCCUCGAGCCUUGACAAUAGAGCCAAGAUUGUUCCAGAUAAAGAAAGGCUUCUUUUUCGGAAGAAAAAUUACGCAAAAGACUCGUUUUAAUAUAAUAAUUUUUUUAAUAUCGAAUUAUUAGCUGCAAAUAUAUCCAAAAAAGAUGUUUGCUGGGUUGACAUCUCCUUCAGAUCAUAGCCAACCUGAACUCUAUGAAGAGGUCAAGCUAUAUUCUAAUGCCCGAGAAAGAGAAAAGAAUGACAACCAAGCUGAGCUUUAUGCUGUGGUCAACACCCUGCAAAAUCUAGAGAAAAUGUACAUAAAAGAUGUGGUGCCCCCACAGGAGUACACUGCAUGGUGCAGCAAGCUGUUGGUGCAGUUCAAAGCUGCCUUCAAGCUGGUGCAAGGUGACGAGUUUCCAAACAUAGGAGCAUUUGUCUCAAAAUACAAAAUGAAUUGCACUGCCGCACUAGAGCGCAUCAAAGAGGACCGACCAAUCACCAUCAAAGAUGAUAAAGGCAACACCAGCAAAUGCAUUGCUGACAUUGUCUCGUUGUUUAUCACUUCAAUGGACAAACUGCGCCUUGGUAUCAAUGCUAACGACGACCUGCAGCCUGACCUGAAGGAGCUGCACGAGAGCAUGGGCAGACUCUCCCUCAUUCCAUCCGACUUCGAAGGUCGGGAGAAAGUGGGAGAAUGGGUGGUGAGAAUGGAGAGCAUGACCGCUGACCAGACGCUCUCGGAAAGCGAGGUGCGACAGCUGAUCUUCGAACUCGACAGCGCCUACAACGCCUUCAACAGACUCCUGCAACACACGUAGCCUACAACGCCUUCAACAGACUCCUGCAACACACGUAGCCUACAACGCCUUCAAC